AUGGAUAUCGAGAACGCCAAGAAGCACCUGAGCGACCUACAGAAGGAGAGGAGGAAGAAGAAAAUCUCCCUGCCGCGUGUUCUGAAGGGGAAGGUAGUCAUCAGGGAGGAGCAGCAGGAGCAGUACCCAGGGGAAGACGCCCUGGAGAAGCAAUUCCCCCAUAUAUUUAAGAAGCCCGUGAUUCACUUAUGCGCAGAGAACGGAGUUGCUAACGCGUUGGAUAACGUGCUAGAUAACGCACUGUCUAGCAGCGUUAAGACGAAAAAAUUCUUCGACGAGACAGACUCGACGAAACUGUUGGACGACACAUGUAGAGGGAACUACACAGAGAAUUCUACACUGCAGGAACUGCUACACAUGAGCACACAGGAUGGUGACACGCUAAACUUGGGGGUGCUAUUCACUGGGUUGCCAGCACCAGGAGGACACAACAUCGUAUGUGGGAUGCUAGAUAGUCUAAAAAAGAAAAAUAAAAAAAACACCUUAUUUGGAUUUAUUAACGGAUUUGAAGGCGUGAAAAACUACUCCUUCAUGGAGCUGAAAAAUGAAUACAUUAGUAUGUUCCGAAACAGUGGGGGGUUCGAUAUGCUGAAGAGUAGCUCAUUCGAUUUUUUAAGUGAAAGUGGAAAGAAGAAGUGCUUUAAGAUUUGCAGACAGCUGAACUUGGCGGGGUUGAUUAUCGUAGGUGGGGUAGACAGCCAUAGACAAAUCACUCUUCUAGCGGAAUACUUCGAGAAGGUACACUUCUUAGCGGGGCGCGUGGAUAAUGCAACGCAUGGGGGCGAGGACCCCACGUACCAAAUAGUGAGUGACCUGAGCGAUGAAGAAAUAAAGGCCAAGUAUCCGCGAACAGGAAAGAAACGAAACAGGAAAAAAACCUGCAUCGUAUGUGCACCGAAAAGUGUGCACAACGAGGUGGAUAGCAACCUAGUCGAAUGUUCACUCGGUUUCGACACGACCAUUUUUACCUACUGUCAGUAUAUAAGCUACUUAACAUCCCACGUGCGAACAUACCAGAGUGGGUACCAUUUUGUUCGGGUCAUUGGGAACUCCUCCAGUCAUGUGGCAUUGGAGUGCUUCCUACAGACUAAGGCAAACAUAGUUCUCAUCAGCGAAGAAAUUAAAAAGAAAAAAAAAAAACUAAAGGAUGUAAUUGACUUUAUUGUCUACGUUGUAGAGAAGAGGUACGACCUGUUCAGCAAAAGGUAUGGCAUUGUCAUUGUACCUGAGGGGUUGUUGGGAAAAAUUGGAGAAUUUAAAAAAAUGGUUCUAGACCUCCUCUGGGCCAAGAAGCAGACACUUAACAGCGCACCAAAAGUGGAGGAUGGGGGAAGAAGGAUAGUUGCCCAGUUUUAUUCAGACAAUGCGGAAAGCGCGAAUAGUGUAGAACUGUUCCGCUCCCUCCCCGCCUUCUUCCAGAAGAACCUUUUGGAGGAGAUCCAGUCGGAAAGGUUCAAGUACUCCCGUCUAAAGACAGAAGAGCUGCUCCUAUCCUUGGUGAAGGAAAAAAUAGAGCAAACGAAAAUGAAACACAUCCACUUGGUCCCGCACGCUUAUACGAACGAGGUUACUUGUUCCCUACCGUCCAAUUUCGACUGUGCUUACAGUUACCUCCUAGGCAUGGGGUGCGUCGAAAUAGCCCAGAAUAACUACAACGGGUAUUUCUGCGCUGUGAGGAAUCUGAAACAUUUGCUCCUCAACGUGGAUAAGGUGCAACUGGUGGGGGUACCGCUGUGCGGUUUGUUGCGGGUGAAGGAGGUACCUCAGCACGGAUGCAACGACAUUGAUUCGGCAGGGAACCUGACCGAAGAUGUGGAUCACCUCGAAAAAGCGAUAUUCGUUAAAAGAGCAAAAGUGAACCUAAACGUUAAGUACUUUCUCACUUAUAAAAAGCACCGCACUGAGUUGCUCUAUGCAGACACGUACCGAACCCACGGGGGGAUUCAGUUCGAGCGGAGUGUGGCAAACGAUGGGGACGAACACUUGGUGGGUUCCCCAAGUAAGCUAAACAGGCUUCUUUCCAGUACGUUUACGACGUGGGAUUCCAAUUGGGGGGAACUAUUCAACAGGGUAAAUUUCACCGUGUCAGGGCUGAGCGGGGGGUACUUCUCUGGAGGGGGCACCCACGGCAUCGAGUCGAUCAGCGUGGAAAGCAUUGCACAAUGCGGUAAGGCGCUUACCCCAGGAUGCUUCAUCCAAAGUGGAGUAACUCUGGAGGGUAGCCCCUCCGAAAUAGAGCGGGCCCUGAGCAGGACCCCCAUAAAAUUCAACACGAACCUAAUCAGGCACAACAGCGAAAUCGUCUACGUGGAUAGCCACUUCGAAUCGAAGCUAAAUUACACCCCAUUUAAGCACAUACAAAAAAUGACCCAUUUUUAUGCCGUUAAAAUGGGGCAGGUGAAUAUUAAAGGGAGAAGCAGAUGCAUUGAUUCCACCUUCCUUUCGGAGAAAAAAAAUGUAGGAGUUGUCAUCCUCUCGCAUACCGUGCCAGGGGUCAAUAACAUUCUGGCCGGGCUGCAUGAACGACUGUCUAUGAAUAACACAACGCUGAUUGGAUUUGUGAGGGGCAUAAAAGGAUUACUGAAUAACGAAACGUAUGUCCUUAAGGAUAGCCAUUUGGGUAACUGGACAAAUUUAGGAGGAGCUCCCUUGUUGGGCGUGCAACUAAAAUGGACAGACGAAGAUGGGGGCGUAGUCCGUGUGGAUGACCUCUUUCAGGAGAAACGAAUCAACCAAAUAGUGGAAAAUUGCAAAAAGAACAAAAUAAGCAACUUAGUUUUUAUAGGAGAUGAAAAAGUAGUUACCCUAAUGAAUAUACUGAACGAUCACUUUAUGAAAAGCAGGAAUAACCUGAAAAUCACGACCGUCCCUGUGUCGCUAUACAACAGCUUCUACAGAAAUUUGGUCGAGUGUAGUGUUGGGUACCAUUCCAUGAUUUGUACGAUGAGUGACAUUAUUGGUAAUUUGCAAAGCUGUGCUGUGAAUGCAGGGAAUUACUACUGCUUUGUUAAGGUUCCCACGAACGUAUCAUCCUUGUCCCUGUUGUCUGUCCAAUUGGAAACCCACUGUAAUGUGUGCCUAGUCGGGGAGUGCAUAAAGUAUCAAAUGCUCAGUCUGCAAGAUCUGGUGGAACAGAUUUGUUCCAUAAUCGUCGAACGAAUGAAUAGGAGAAAAUUUUACGGCACGAUUUUGUUCAGCUCCAAUUUGCUCCUAAACAUCAGCGAUUUCUCCCGCAUGGUUGCGGAUGUGGAGGGGAACAUCCAGGAGGGCGAUGAUCUGGACGGAAUAAUAAACGAGCCGGACCUCCCGAAGGGGCCCCUUAGCAAGCUGACCAAGGAAAGCGCAGACCUGCUACGCAUCUGCACCAGGUCAGUGAAGGAGAAGCUGCUCCGCAAGGAGAACCGACACGACGACGAGGUAGACUGUAACUUUGAAAACGUCCUGAUCGAGCAAAUUAAAAAACACAUGAACAAACUAACCGAACAGGCGAAGCAAACCAACGAACCAUACUCCUUCGAUGGGCAUAUGAAAUAUGUACACACUAACGUCAUGGGGAAAAGCAUCAAACUUUACAAUGACCUAAACUACAUACACCAUUUUAACUGUGUAGUAAAAAAUAUAGACCGAGAAAUAAACUGUUGCAUUCCAACACACUUUGAUAAUUCGUUGGCCUUUUCACAUGGACUGCUGGCUGGGAUUGCCAUAGAAAAUGAUUUGGUAAAUUACGUCACCUCCAUCAGGCACCUACACUUGAAUAAGAAAAAUUGGAGCGGCUCUCUCUACCCCGGUUCCUACUUUGUGAACCGAGAUGACGCAGGGGGCGUAGCCGGCAUAGCCGGGAUAGCCGGGUACCCCUACACCGCGCCCGUGCCCGUGUCGGUGAAGUCCAGUCAAAUGGCCACCAUCAAGCAUAAUGCGGAAACGUGGGCCUACAACGACUGCUACAUCUUCGUUGGGCCGUACCAACAUGAAGUCAACGCAGACAGCCCCGGAUGCCCCUCUCACAUUUUCUGA